AUGACUGUCCGCACGACUCGUACUGCUCCUGCGCCUCGUCCUCCAGCGCCCGCUUCACCCGUGACGCUCCUUAUCCUCGGCGCAGGCUGGACGUACCAAUUCCUCGAGCCCGUUCUGGGGCGCGAGAAAAUCAGCCACGCCGCAACCACCACCACGGGCCGCGGCAGCACCAUACCCUUCCGCUUCGACAGUGACUCGGACGACUUGACGCCAUUCCAAGCCCUUCCGGACGCAGAUUACGUGCUGGUCACGUUCCCGCUGAAAGGGCGCGGGCCGUCGACCAAGUUGGUGCGGCUGUACAAUGAGACACGCCACGGGCAGCUGCGGGACUCGAGAGCGCCAGCGGAAUGGGGAUCGGGACACGAACACGAGCACGGCGACGACCAUAGCCAUUUCAGCGAGGAUACUAACGUUGGGGUAGCAGGAUCUGCGAAAUGGAUCCAGCUCGGCUCCACCGGCAUCUGGACCACGGCGGCGUGGAACGAUGAGUCGUCGGCGGUCAACGGCACCAACGCACGCGCCGUGGCCGAGGACGAACUGAUCGCGCUGGGCGGCUGUGUGUUGAACCUCGCCGGGCUGUAUGGCGGCGGCAGAAAUCCCCGGAACUGGAUUGCCCGAGUGGCUGGGUCGAAGAAGCAGCUGGGGGAGAAGGGCGCGUUGCAUCUGAUUCACGGGCAUGAUGUGGCUAGGGCGGUCGUCGGUGUGGUUAGGACGGAUCGAGACAGACUAGACCCUAAGUCGGGCCCUGACGAGCUCAUAGACCAUGUCCAGAACAGUGACAAAAACUACAACAACUACAAAAACAACGACGACGACGACAACAACAACAACAGUGGCAAUGCGAAGCUGCGGAACCAUCUCGACAGCGACAUUACAGGCAAAGACGCAGGGCUGGAGCCGGUGUUCGGCCGACGCUGGAUCGUGGCUGACUGCGUCUCCUACGACUGGUGGAGCCUGGUAUGGGACUGGAUGGGGGAGAGCGCAGAAAAGCGUGAGAGUGAAAGGGAGAGUGAGCCAGCGUCAGACCAUAAGACAGACCAGUAUGACGACAGGAGCACAAAGACACAGUACAGACGCUGGGUUGCCGAGUUGAUGGACGAGAACAACGUGCGCGGCUUGCCGCGGUCAACGGAGCUGUUGGGCCGCAAGUUGGAUGCUAGGCGUUUCUGGAAAACCAUCGGCAUUCUGCCUGACAGGAGCCUGGCGAGGUGA